CUGUCGUUUAAAAGAAAUAUUUAGAAGAAGCAUGACAGUCUCCUAUACUGCUGAGGUAGCCACUUGCCACCAGCUUGGUUGCUUUUGGAAACUCUUGGCCAGAUGGCGCGCAAGCAUUUACAAAAUUAUUUGGGUAGAUUUGGUGGCUUUUCUGGCCAGUUUCUACGCCAUGGCAAUGCUGUACCGUUUUGUACUUGAGGACGAUAGUAAGGUCAUUUUUGAGGAUUUGGUUGAAUACUGCCACAACUACGGCGGAAUGAUACCGUUGUCCUUUGUACUGGGCUUCUAUGUGGCCAUUAUAGUUGAUCGCUGGUGGAGUCAGUACACAACAGUGCCCUGGCCUGACCCGCUUGCCGUCUACGUUAGCGCCUUAGUUCGAGGCCAAGAUGAACAUGGCCGGCUGAUGCGCCGCACCAUCAUGCGCUACGUCUGUCUCGCCUUGACUAUGGUGCUAACAAUGAUAUCUCCUGGUAUUAAACGCCGCUUUCCAACCUAUGACUAUCUUGUCGACGCUGGACUACUUAACAGGAACGAGGCCGCGAUUAUCCAAGCCAUGGACGAAAAGUUCCCGAAACAUCCCAAGCACUGGAUGCCCAUAAUGUGGGCUUCAAGCAUAGUGACAAGAGCGCGCAAGGAGGGUCGCAUUUGGGACGAUUUUUCGCUGAAGUCCAUGAUCGAUGAACUCAAUAAGUUUCGAGCCGGCUGCAACAUGCUGAUACACUACGAUUCCAUAAGUGUGCCGUUAGUGUAUACACAAGUGGUGACUUUGGCGGUCUACGCCUACUUUUUGGCAGCCAUAUUUGGUCACCAAUGGAUAGAGCGGCAGAGUGAUGAGGGCUACAAGAAAAUUGUCAAUUACUAUUUCCCACUCUUUAGCACGCUGGAAUUCUUUUUCUUCAUGGGUUGGCUGAAAGUGGCCGAAACACUAAUUUGUCCAUUUGGCGAUGAUGACGAUGACUUCGAACUAAACUGGCUAAUCGAUCGAAACUUGCAGGUGAGCUAUUUGAUUGUGGACGAAAUGCACAACGACCAUCCACAAUUACUGCGGGAUCAGUACUGGGAUGAGGUUUUCCCCAAUGAGUUGCCAUACCAAGGGGAAGUGCAGCGUGCCGAGCAUCCGGAAGCAUCAACAGCCAAGUUGGACCUAUCUAAGAUAACAUCAAUACCUGGCAAACACCAUACAUCUUCCGGUCAUGAACUGAACUUGACCAACAUAAGCUUAGAGGACGGUGAAGAAGAAGAAAGCGAACAUGAACUGCGCAUUCGUUUUGCCUCACAUCAUUUUCGAUUUAGCCCCAGCUCGUUAUCCAUUUCGAUAUCGUCUGAUAAGAGCCCAUUGGACCACACAGAAGAGAAUGUGGACGAGGAAGAUAUGCUAGAAACCGAUAUUGACGAUUUUGAUCGCUUGAGGGAAGAACGUGAACGCGAUCGCCUAACCCGCCAAAUACAACAUGCUGCAAUGACUUUGGAAUUAAUGAAGGGUGAAUUGGGACAAACCGCGGCAUCAAACACUGAAUCGGAGGGGCCCGAGCAAUCUCAACGAAAGGAUAUUGGUAUACAAACCGAUAAAAGUCACUUACACAAGGGAAAGAAACCUUGAAUAGCUCAUGAGUGAUUUGCAACUUGAUCAUUGGGGUAGCCAAGAUCUCGUUCAGGAGGGGCACUUUUUUGUUCAAGAAAUACAUAAAGCAUAUGGAAAAGUUGGGAAAAUAAAACGGAAUAUAGAAAAUCUAAA